AUGGGUCAAGAGGCAUCAAAGCCUGAUCCCAAUGCAAGGCUCCAGGUGAUUGGCUGCGGCAUGUCCCGUACUGGAACAGCAUCCUUCAGUCGGGCGUUGGAGAUCCUCCUUGGCGGACCGGUAUAUCAUGGUGGAAGUCAACUGGUGGGCGCGGGGGAAGACCACAUACGCGCCUGGAUUCACCUGUGCAAGCAUACACCCAUCGAAACCGAGUCGGACCAAAAAGUGGUUCUCCAUGGACUCAAGAACUUGUUGUCCGGGUACACGGCCGUCACAGACAUGCCGCCCAUCCUCUUCACCGAAGAACUGGUAGAGCUGUUUCCGGACGCCAAGUUCAUCUGCACGACACGGGACCCGGAGAGCUGGUGGAAGAGCAUGGAACGAAUCGCGGCAAAGACAGACACUGAGGCGGAUCGGAACGAGAGGGUGCUCGCUUUCCUGCUUGCGCUGCUGCCGACUAUGAGAUAUUGGAAGGCCUUCUCCGACGCCCUCAGGUACGGCCGGUUCGGCGAGCUGUUCUAUCGGUCCGGGCACCAUCAUCCCCACCCAGGACAAUACAACGAGCAUAUGGAGUACGUGAAAAGAGUUGUCCCCCCCGAGCGCCUCUGGUUCUACGACGUCAAGGAGGGAUGGGAGCCGUUGUGCAAGAUUCUCGACUGUGACGUGCCCAACGUACCAUUUCCACGUGUCAACGACGCAGAAGCAACCGACAGAAUCAUCCAGACCCAGGUCCAACGAGGUAUACUUGCGUGGACGGGUGCCAGCGCGGCUGUUGCAGUGAUGGGCUUCGGCAUGUGGCGAAUGUGGUUGGCGCGAUAG